GACCGGAUGCUGAGAUUUUAUAAAAAGAAGUGGCUUCAUACUAACAGUGUUCAGCACUCCUGAAAGCGCAGUUAAUAUGUCUAUCACCUCCUUAGAAGCAGAUCCUAACUGCAAGGUUACUCUUGAAGACCUUCAUGCUCAACCCGCCAAACUUGGAUUGCAAUUGAGAAGCGAUGAGGUUGAAGAUUACUAUAAGAUUCUUUGUGCUUUAGACAGAUCGGCAAAGAAACUUGUCGCCAUGGAAGAUUAUUAUCAACCUACCUUUCUCGACAGGUUUCCAAGAAAGGACAUACAUUAUCCAGAAAAAGCCGAUAAUUUGAAAGGUGCUUGGGCCUAUAAAGUUACUAUUGAAGACACCAAACCACAAUUAUCCAAAAACAGGCCAUUGGCUGGAAAGACUAUCUGUAUCAAGGAUUGUGUUGAAAUUGCUGGGGUUCCUCAAAUUUUUGGGACCGAUGCUUUCAAACCUUGGGUCCCUAAAGCUGAUGCUACGGUUGUAACUCGUCUUUUAGAAGCUGGUGGAAUUAUUAAAGGGUUGGCUACCUGCGAAAACCAAAGUUCAAGCACCUCUUCCAAUACAGCAUCCACUGGAAAUGUGGAAAACCCUUACCAUGAUGGAUAUUCAGCUGGAGGAUCUAGUUCGGGAACCGGGUACUUGGUCGGCUCUGGAGAAAUUGAUAUCGGUGUAGGUGCUGAUCAAGGUGGUUCUAUUAGAGUUCCAUCAGCUCACUGUGGGCUUGUUGGAUUUAAGCCUACAUUUGGCUUGGUUCCAUAUACUGGAAUCGGUAGUUUGGAAACUAAUAUUGAUCAUUGUGGUCCUAUGACUAGAACCGUUUUGGAAAACUGUACUAUGUUAGAAGUUAUGGCUGGCCAGGAUGGAUUUGAUGAUCGUCAAAAUGGUUCCCCUACUAUUGAACAUGUUCCAAAGUAUAAAGAGAUUACUGAAAAAUCCAGUUUGAAAGGUAUGAAAAUUGGUAUUUUGAAGGAAAGUUUGGAAGUUCCUACUAUGACACCCGCUAUGAAAGCCAAGUUCUUGGAAGCAGCAGAGAAAUUCAAGGCCUUGGGAGCCGAAGUUGUAGAAAUUUCAAUUCCUUAUCACUUAGUUGCUCCAGAAAUCUGGAUGAUUGGCCAAAGAAUAAGUGGAUGUGUGAGGAAACUUGGAUUACAAACAGGAAGGAGAAUUCUUAAAUCCACAGAAUACGCAAGCCAUAUUUUACCGUGGACCCAGGAGCUGUUCGACAAAACUCCGGUGCCAGUCAAGAACGGUAUUGUUAACGGAUUAUAUCUUUCUGAGCAUUAUCCUAGUUUGUACGUCAAGUCUAUCAAUUUGAGUUUUAAGGCCAGAGAUGAGUACAACAAAGCUUUAGAGCAAGUGGAUGUUUUGAUUACCCCCACUGUUCCCGUGGUAGCACCUCCACACGGAAUUAGAGACGGAACUCCUUUGGAAUUGAUCAAAAACACUAUCGGUUUGAAUGCCAAUACCGGAAUAUUCAAUAUGACUGGCCAUCCAGCUCUCACUUUACCUGUAGGAUUUCUUGCAGCCAUUGAUAAUCCUGAUAUCAAGCUUCCAGUUGGAUUACAGAUUAUUGGUAAACAUUUUGACGAACUUUCCAUAUAUCGUGCUGCAUAUGGCUGGGAACUGGCCAAUGAUUGGAAGGCUUGCUAGAUAGAAUCAAUAUAAUUUUAGUUU